AUGGCCGGAAAAUGGAGUGUUCUUCUGAUCGUACUUGUAGUAGUCCUGAUCACGAUGGCGCAGUCCAAUGCAGCUAGGAGUGUCCCUAACUUGAAGGGUCUAAAUGACCAAAAGAACCUUAUAUCCUUUGGAGGAAUAGGGGGUUACUCCGGCAUUGGUGCCAAUGGUCUUCCCGUUGUCGGAUUUGGAGGAGGUGCCGGAAUUGUAGCCGACGGCGGCGGGAUUAAUGGUGGUGGUGGUGGUGGUGGGUCAGCUCCUUUGGGAGGUCUUGGCGGCGGAGGGAUCCCCGGCGCCGGAACUGGAUCACUUGGUAAUGGUGGCUUUCCUUUUCCAUGAAGAAUCGAUUUAUGUAUGCAUGCAUGUAGAAGAAAUAUGCUUCAAUGCUAAUUUGAUGUUUUAUUGUUGUUUUUAUUAGAGUACUUAUUUCAAUAUUUAAGGACUUGUUUGGUAUGUAUUAUAAGAUGUUCUGAACAAAUUAGAGAUUUUUUUGUUCAGAAUAUAACUUGUAAACAAACAAGGUCAGACUUACUGAUGUGUGAACUUGCUUUCCUACCA